CUUCAGGUUUUCAUAUUUGUCCAGUUCCUUCAACCAAGACAAAUGAGGAGCUCAGUUGCGGCAAAGACCAACAUGCACAGCUGGGCCCUGGGCAUCCCUGGUAUAAUAUACGAGAUAAACCAUGGAGUCCAUGGAAUGGUAACACAUGCUAGUUUAUUGUAACUACUAAACUGUUGAGAAUAUACACUAAUCCAGCAGUACUCACCCUGUGAAAGGCUCAAAUGUUCAUCCUGCCCAAGAACUUAAGCCUUUGAUUAAUUUGAUUCUAACUGAACCAAUUUAUCUUCCUUUGUUAUGACUGGAAAAUCAUUCAGUUGAUGGAUGGGUAUGUAAGUCCAGUAGAACCGUACAGCUGCUCAACACAUGCUAUGGAUAUUACUGCAGAGCCCAAUAUGGCUGAUGAGUUACUAAGUGUGAUAGUCGGAUAUUGCCGCUAAAAAUAAACUUGGAUUAAAAUGUCUCCGAUAAGCUGUCUCUGAAGCUACUUUCUUUCCAAGUGUUUUAUGUGCUUCUCCAUAUGAGAGCCUUACCAAAUACUGAUCAAGUUCUGCUUUAUACCCGCAACAGCCAUAUGCUGAUAUAAUGAAGCUUCUGAUCAGUGUUUGAUGCUGAUUUCUGGAUCUUUCUGAGCUGUGAGCAAAGCGAUCGUAUCGGCUGGGUAGUUCACCUGGCAGGGAGAGCAUGGACUGAAAGUCUCUGCAGUUACUGACGCCGCUGCUGUCCUCGGCGCACGAGUGCCACAGGUUCUCGUACUGGCGGUUGGACACGAUGACGCUGCCGGAGUAAGUGGACACCUUCCAGUAAUCGUUAGCCAGAGCGACGCCUGUCAGCAGCCAACUAGCCGCACCUAGCAUGAAACCUGUUACUUCUAGCCCGGUCGACAUGGUCACUUCUGAAAAGCAGAAUCCACGCGCAAAGAGGUGGAAGGCUGACUGUGUGUCGGUCCCCUUGCAGAUGAGGACGGAGGGAGCGGCUCACACCUGCCCUACCUUUCUGUGAGAGUCUCAUCGCAGAUGCCACCAUACACAUUCUGCUGGACAAGGAAGACACAUCCAGGUGGAAGAGCAGAGAAUCUAAGCCAAGCUAUGAGGAGAAACUACAUGGUCAGAGGUGGAAAGUUCAGUUUCAGAAAAUAAAAAUUCCCACCAAGACUUUGUUCCAGCCAACCAGUUGGAACCCCAUCCUGGAUUGUUUCCUGCCUAUAGACACCAGGGGAGGCUCUGGACCCCCUACAACCCUGACUAAGACACGUAGGCUCACUGUGACUGCUAAGCAGUGUGGAAGAUUCAUGGAAGUGUAAAUGAAGUCCAAGAGGAAGACAAGCUUAAGCAUAUAACCAAACACAAUGGUGGUGAAGACUUCCUGUCUUGGCUAGUUUCAGUACUCUGAUUCUUGUCCCCUGCUUACAUAUGGAUAAUAACAGUCUGUUUACAUAAAGAAUGUGUAUUCAUUCACUCUGGUGAGAAAGUUCUAGAGGAAUAUGAGGAGAAAUAUGAUGAGUUAGCCACAGAAACGUGGACAGAUACAAAGGAACACGAUGUAUUCAUCACAGAGGAACAGGAAGAAUUAAUCACAGAGGAAGAUAAUAAAGUCACAGUACAGCACAAUGAAUUCAUCACAGGGGAACAUGGGACAGCUGUCCCGAAGAAUGACCUUUUUCACAGGAGAUGUAUUUUGUAUACACCGAACAGCCGUAACACUAAGACUGCUGACAGGCAAAGUGAAUAACAUUGAUUAAUCUUGUUACAAUUGCCAUUAUAUAUUAGGCAAGUGAACAGUCAGUACUUGAAGUUGAUAGUUGGAAGCAGGAAAAAUGGGCAAGUGUAAGGAUCUGAGCGACUUUGCCAAGGGCCAAACUGUGAUGGCUAGACAACAGGGUCAGAGCAUCUCCGAAACAGCAGGUCUUGUGGGGUGUCCCGGUACGCAGUGGUUAGGACCUAGCAAAAGCAGGAUGCACUAUGAGAAGAACGCAAGCCGGUGGAUGCAGUUUGAUGUUUUUGGCAAUGGUCUGCUGGGAAACCUUGUGUCCUGGUAUUCAUUUGGAUGUUACUUUCACAUAUACCACCUACCUAGGCUUUGUUGCAUACUGAGUACACCCUUUCAUGGCAACAGUAUUCCCCAAUUGCAGCGGCCUUUUUCAGCAAGAAAAUGCACCCUGCCACACUGCAAAAAUUGUUCAGGAAUGGUUUGAGGAUCAUGAAAAGUUCAAGGUGUUGACUUGGCCUCCAAAUUCCAAAUAGAUGUCCAAUCUAUGGAAGCCCCACCUUGCAACCUGCAGGACUUAAAGGAUCUGCUGCUAAUGUCUUGGUGUCAGACACUAUAGGUAACAUUCAGAGGUCUUGUGGAGUCCAUGCCUCGAUGGGUCAGAGCUGUUCUGGUGUCGAGAGGGGGACCUACACAAUAGUAAGCAAGUGCCUUUAAUGUUACGGCUGUUUUUGUAGAUGCCAAUAUAAUUAUUGUUUGUUGUUAUUGAAAUUACACUUUAAAUAUUUGGUUAAUGAUUCUGUUAUUUCUUGGCUGUAUUGGAUAAGUUGUAAUAGAACAGACUGAUGGGUAAGUUCUUUUAAAUUUUUAAUUCUACAUACAUCUGAAUUUUUCUGUUUAAUGGUAAAAUAACCAGUGUAAAAAUGUCAGUAAACAUCUCUUGACAUAAAUAAGAAAAACAGGUUAAUUGAAGGCAACCUGACCUGAAAAAGAUGAAACAUGAAAUUGGGAUCAGCAACAAGAGCUGCAGAAGCAGGCAGAGGAUACGCAGCAACGAAGAAGAGGGACUGCAGGAGAGGACGAGUGUCCGAGAAAGAGAAAUCAGAGGGCGCACAGGUGUCAGGAAGGUGAUGCAACGGACCAGGUGCUGCCUGGCGCUGCUGACAAGCAGCUGUUUCAUAGUACAGGUCCUAGGUGCCGAACUGCUCUCCCAUCCGCGGGAUGUGUUUAUGGAAUCAGUCAACAUGAGGCACGUGCUCAGGUGGAGCCCCCCUGUGGCCGCAUGCAGCACUGUCAGAUACUCGGUGCAGUUCCAGGGGGAGUUUGAGCUCCACAUCUUGAAUGGAAGUUGGGAGAAUUCUCAGACUUGUUGGCUGACCAUCCUUAAUGAGUGUGACCUGACUGCUGACCUCGCCUCCGACUCGGACUACAACCUCCGUGUGCAGGCCCAGUGCGGCGGGGCUGGUUCCCGCUGGACCACUCUCCCUAGGCCUUUCAACAGGGAACAGACGAGGCUCACCGUCCCCAUCAUCGGCGUACGGGUGUCCGGGACGUCCGCGCGGGUCGACCUGCCAGACCUGCCCUCCACCCUGGAGCUGCUCCUCACAUACUGGAGAAAUGACCAGAAGAUUAAGGUGUCCAGGCUAAAGGUCCCACAGAAGUGGCGUCCCUAUCACCUGAGCGGCUUGCAGGAGGGAGCCACCUACUGCUUAUUUGCCCAGGUCUACUUUCCUAGCACCAACAGAAGCACCAGCUCAGAAGAUCAAUGUUUCCAUGUGCCAGACUCCUCACUCUGCUUGCUGGGGCCAGUCACCGUGUUUUUCGCCUUGGUGCUGCUUGUGGUCCUGGUCCCUGUCCUGCUGUGGACUGCGAGACGCUUCUUCUUCACCCUCUCCCACAACUGCUGGCAUCAGGAGCCGCUGCCAGCUGCCCUAAUCGAUGAUGUUGAGGAUGAAAGGAUCUACUUGGUAAAACUGGACCACGGUGAAGAGCAUCACGCCAUCCUGGUGUUAGAGCCCAGCCACACGGGCAUGCAGAUGCCAUCCAUAUGAUCAGCAACCCACUGAAAGUGAAACCUGCCAAUAGGAAGAGCCAGCCUCACUCUAAGCAACCAUCUUGCAUAGUUGUCUAUCUCUAGGAGAAAAAAAAAUCCACCAUUUCUCACCACCACGGAACGUCUAGCAUCAAAACAACUAGCAAGUGGAUAACUGCUGGUCCAAAGCCCUGAAGGUCACCCGUAUGAGUGUGACAGGACUCACCGCCCCCAGAGAAGGUCCCAGCCGGCCCGUGGCAGUCUUGCUGACAUAACUAACAAACGUGGAGAUGGCACCUAGGGUUAGGGACAUAGGUGUCAGCUGUAGUGGUCCAGGCCAUCAUGUGUGAUGGUGGGACUCGCACGCCUGCAGCUACCUGCAGACAUGUAGACAGCCAUGAACUGCUCCCGGCCGAGCAGGGACACGAUGCUGGAGGAGAAGCUCCACAAGACGUACAUGUUGGCCGCCAUGUGGAAGAAGGAGUAAUGGCUGAAUGUGGAGAGUAUCAUGGGAGAGCACAGGGUCCCUGUGGGACGGCAGACACAGACAGUUAGCACACAGGCCGAGAACUUAAGAACGUAAGAAAUUUACAAACGAGAGGAUCAUCAAGCACGGAAGAUGAUGGAUGGAUGGAUUAAAGGAACCCAGAGUUUUAGCUUGCGCUAUACUAGCAGGAAGACUAUUCCAUACUCUAACUACACGCUGUGUAAACAAGUGCUUCCUCAAAUUCAUUUUAAAAUGUUCUCCCUCUAAUUUCCACUUAUGGCCACGAGUUCUAGUAUUUAAACUAAUACUGAAAUAGCCAUUUGGCUGAACAGCAUCCAGACCUGUUAGAAUCUUAUAUACCUAGAUCAUGUCCCCCCCUUAGUCUCCUUUGCUUGAGGCUAUACAGACUCAGCUCAGCUAACCUCUCCUCAUAAGGCUCUAGGGGGCGCCAGCGAGGAUGCACGGCUGCUUACGAGAAGCCGGGUUGGAUGUGAAGUACUUCACCAUGCUGCGCUGUAGAGAAGGAAUCCUCCAACAGCAGAACACCAGCGCGUUGGCAGCAAUGAUACCUGGAAGAGGGGACAGGGUGAUGAACGACGAUACGCCCACGGCCCCCUGCCCCAGGCGUGUCGGGAGACUGACCUGUCACCGUUCUCUGCCCUUCACUCAGACUGCUCCACCACUGAUUCACCUGAAAUUCAGCAAGCAGCUCAUGGUUUUGCAUGUCCACUGGGUGGCACCCUCUCUACAGAAAGUGACCUUUCACCUUACGACCAGAACACCAGUUUUCACCACUCCGACGAUUCGGACAAGAGUUUCAUCCUCUGGCUCCUCCAUCUCUUCGGUGCCCAUUAAUUAAUUACUGUCCCCACUUUGUAUCGUUAAGGAGGUUUAAAGUAGUUAAUGAAACACAAGCGCUGAGUAAUAGAGCCAGUUUUCUACCUGCUUGCGGAAGUCUCCCUGCUUCUGCGGACGCAGUUUCUCCAUCCAGUCGGCUCGGACUUCAUCGAAGUAGGUCUGCACGCGCGACUUCAGGGACUCGUACUGCCAGAUGGCGGCUGCGCCGAAGGAGCAGCCUGUAAACUGAUAUGGAGUCAGUGACCCCUGCUGCUCACGAAUCUCAGCGUAGGAGCCGGCAGGUAAGCACACUGACUGGAGGAAAGUGUCAAAACUGCUCUGAAAAGCUUCAGGUCCAACUUAUCAUUUCUCUGUCAAGCAAUGUCACAUUACAUUUUUUUUUAUCAAUAAAUAUUUUUUUAACUUUA